AUGGGGUUCCUAUGGGUGCCAUGGGGUUCCCACGGGUGCUAUGGGGUUCCCACGGGUGCCACAGGGGUCCCCCGUAACGACACGUGCCCCGAGCUCCCCGGGGUGCCCUUCUCCCGCCUCGCCGCCUCCCGGCCCCUGGCGCUGCGCGGCACCGUCCUCACCUUCCAGUGCCGGCCCGGCUACCGCCUGCGCGGCCCCGACCUCCUCACCUGCCAGUGGGACCUCAGCUGGAGCGCACCCCCCCCCGCCUGCCAGAGGGUCCUGAGGUGCCCGGACCCCGGAGAAGUGACCAACGGGCAACGGAACGUGGGGGACCCCCGAUUUCCCGUGGGGAGCCGGGUGCGUUACUCCUGCAGGCAGGGCUUCCUGUUGGAGGGAAGUCCCGCCCUCACCUGCCACGCCCGCCACGCCGGCCCCCCCAAAUGGAGCGACCGGCCCCCCAAAUGUGUCCUGAAGUACGAGCCCUGCCUGAACCCCGGGGUGCCGGCCAACGGCUACCAGACGCUCUACAAGCACCACUACCAGGCGGGGGAGUCCUUGCGCUUCUUCUGCUACGAGGGCUACGAGCUGCUGGGGGAGGUGACCAUCACCUGCCUGCCCGGCCACCCCUCUCGUUGGACCAGCCAACCCCCCCUCUGCAAAGUGACGGACCCCGAGUUCCCGGAUGACGGACAGCUGGAGGUGACGCAGAGGGCGGAUCCCAGCCGGCAGCUGGAGGGCGGCAGCAUCGCCCUGGCAACGCUCCUCCCCCUCGUCCUCGUCCUCCUUCUGAUUGGCGGCGUCUACGUCUAUUAUACCAAGUUUCAGGGCAAGUCCCUGUUCGGCUUCUCCUUCUCCAGCUCCCACAGCUACAGCCCCAUCACGGUGGAAAGCGACUUCAACAACCCCCUCUACGAGGCCGGGGACACCAGGGAGUACGAAGUCUCCAUCUGAAGCCCCCCCGCGCCCCUCCCCCGGCGCCCCCACACCCCUCCCUUCCGCUUCGUUACGAGCUGAUUAAUUAAUUUAUUGCCACACUCAUUUAUUUCCCCCCCCUUUAAGGAUGGAGGGGGGGUUGGGAGCACACACGUCCCCUUUAAGGCGGACCCCACCCUGCGUUGCCCCUUUAAAUACCGGGGGGGAGGGACCUCAGGUUUCCCCACCCACCAAGGCCAGGCCACGCCCCCAAGAUGAGCUGUUCCCCCCUCCCCCCAUGCCAAACAACCCCUCCCCCCUUCAAAUUUUGGGUCCGUUCGCUUUGAUUUGGGAGCAAUAAAAGCAAAAAAAAAAAAAUUUAAUAAAAUCCUCAAUA